GUACGGCGUACACAGCAGCUUUGUGCUACGGCUGCUGGGGGAGGCGUACAGGCGUACCCAGCGACCCCUGAUGGCCUGUGUGGCGUACCGCGCCGCUCUGGCCGUCAACCCCUUCUUGUUCACGGCAUACGUGAGCCUCAUGGAUACGUGGCCGGGUGACAAGCCGCCCCCACCUAGCACCAGCACUACCAGCACCACAAAUAACAACAACAACAAUAACAACAUCAAUAACAACCUGGACACAGACCCUAACAACAUUUUCACGCUGGACAAGCAUGUAGACCUGAGCUAUUGUCACGGCACCACGCUCUGUUCUGUUAUUAACAGCAAUAACGACGCCUUCUUAUUUCAGCACUAUAACAACAACAGUAACAGCGACAUAAACAUGUCUAGUAACACAAAUAACCCCAAUAACAGCAGUAAAAACAUCAAUAACAACGGUAACAACAACAUCGCGGUUGCCAUGACAACGACAGCGACUCCGCUGGCCCCGCCCCUCGCGCCACUGGCCACGCCCCUCGCGACGUUGGCCCCGCCCCUCGCGACGCAGGCCCCGCCCCUUGCGACGCUGGCCCCGCCCCUUGCGACGCUGGCCCCGCCCCUCGCGCCACUAGCCACGCCCCUCGCGCCGCUGGCAACAUCAGGCAACCGCGGCGGUGGCGGUGGCCACUUGGUCACGCCUGCGGUCAAUGUGACGCUGAGCUGCAGUCAGCUGUGCACCCCCGUGGGGGGGACCGUCACCCCCGCACCCCUCCUCCUGCCCCCCCACCUGCGACAGGCUCCCCGUAAGCGAGCUGUCGGUGGGGGGCCCCCGCCCCCCCUGGGGGGGCGCUGCAAGCAGUCCAUGCUCACCCACCUCACCCCCAGCUUCGGGGUGAUCCCCCUCAAUCCCCCCAGUGUUGGGGGAGGUGGUGGGGGGGCUGGGUCCCCCCACAGCAGCCCCGCCUCGUCCCACCCCCACCCCUCUGUCAGGAGGUCGUCCAGACUCUUCGGCUCUGCCAGCUCUGUUAAGGAGAACAACAAGGCCCGGGGGAUCGUGCCCCCCACCACGGGGCGAAGGUGCAAACCCCGCGCCCUCCGACCCUCCUCCACCCCCUCCACCUCCACCCCCUCCACCUCAACCACCCCCUCCAUGCCCUCCAGCUCCAGCUCCAUGCCCUCCAGCUCCACUUCCACCGCCUCCAGCCUCAUCGAACUCAACAACGCCCGUAACACCAACCCCUCCACCGCCUCCAUCGACGAGAACAUCAUGCCUGGAGGUGGUGGUGGUGGUGGUGGUGGUGUAGGUGGUAAUAUCCUGAUGCCCUCGACUGGUGUUAACACCAACACCACCAAACCAACACCAACACCAGCACUUAUCAUCCCACCACCCGCCGCUGCCGACAGUAAACCGACACCACAACAGACCCCGCCGCCCCCGCCGCCGCCGCUUGUUGUCAUCAGUCAAGAGGAGCUUAAUAGACAAGCGCUGGGGCUGCAGAAACAGGCGGCAGAGGGUCUCAUGAGCCUCCUGCGCCUCAUCGGUGAGGCCUACAGGCGCCUCAGCAGGUACGACUUGGCCUCCAGCAUCGCCGCAUUUGAGGCCCUGCCGCCUCAUCACCUCAUGACCCACUUUGGCCUCACAUGCCUCGCCAAGGCCCACUUCCACUCAAACGACUUCCAGACCAGUGCCUCCUACUUCCGUGAGGCCAUGGCCUCAUGCCCCUACCUGCUGCAGGAGCUGGAUUACUACAGCACGGCGCUGUGGCACCUACAGCAGGAGGCCCAGCUGUCGGCCCUCGCGCAGCAGCUCCUUGCCGUUGACAAAGGGCGCGCGGUGACGUGGUGUGCGCUCGGCAACUGCUUCUCUCUGCAGAAAGAACAUGAAGCUGCCAUUAAGUUCUUCUCCAGGGCUGUGCAGGUGGAGCCGACGUGCUGCUACGCGUACACGCUGCUGGGGCACGAGCACGUAGCCACGGAGGAGCUGGACAAGGCGUUGGGCGCCUACAGGGGCGCCGUGCGCCUAGACGCGCGCCACUACAACGCCUGGUACGGCAUGGGCGUCGCCCUCUACCGUCAGGACCUCCUCGCCCCCAGCGACGUCCACUUCAGGAGGGCCCUCGCCGUGCACCCCACCAGCAGGGUGCUGCUGUGCCAUAUUGCUGUG